AUGCAAUACAUUUCAACUCUAUGGGUGCUUGUCGCCUGCUCUCUCGCCCACGGCAGUCCAUUGCCUGAUGGUUCUGCGACCGAGAUGGGUUGGGGUGGUGGUACGGGCAGGCGAAUGGCGAACGAGCAGGAAGCGAUCGGUAUCCUGCAUGGUAUCCUGCACCGUGAGGAGCAAUAA